AUGUUUUCAUUCUACAUACAACUUGUUUUUCUUUUUCUAAUUUCGUACAACUAUGUAUCUGGAUUAUCAAAAUUACUUCCACAUUGUCAAUGUGAAUGUUGUCCAGGUGCACAAUGUCAAUCUCAAUUAUUAAUAUUUUCUGUUGAUACAUGUAAUGAAAAAACAUGUUCUUUUGAACGAUGUUAUAAAAUGUAUCCAAAAAUAUGUGGUCUUACACCUGGUAUUACUAAUACAUCAUGUAGUAUUGUGAGCGCACCUGCAACUACUGUAUCUUAUGUUACUAUUUCUUUAUUGUCGAAUGUUACAUCAUGUAAUGUUAUUUUGCCAAUGAUGAUUAUUAUGAAUCUUCUUUUCUUUUGUCUUUUUAAACAUUUUUAA